AUGUCCUACGCAGCAGCAGCAGCAAGCAAUGCAAGUCCCCUCUCCGAUCAGGCUCGUCUUUCAUUAUAUACUAUCAUCCAUAUUCUCUUUUCUCACAUUUCACAUAUCAUACAGCCCCACCCAGACCCUGCCCUUCUUACUACACCAGCAGACGUAGCGAGACCUUCCAACGUCGCUGAUGACACCGCAAAAGUGAACGUCGUGUCUGCCGACUUCAAGCAGAACCCCGCCACCCUCACUUCUGAGGCACUUAUUCCGGAGGAUCGAGACCUUCCAAACAGGUCUAGGGGAAGGAGAUCGAGGCCCAAUCAGCGUCUCCAAGAAGCCGAGGCUGAAGGCAUUUAUCUCUGGAACACCUUCAAAACCUACCUCUUCCAACCUGGUGUUGCGGGCGGACUCGUUGGUUUAGUCAACGUUGGCCUUCUUUCUUCAGCUGGUUAUCACUUUUACACAGAUCCCCAGCUACGUCGAGACUCCAAGAUAAUUAGUUCUACAAUAGCUGGCGCAAUUGCGAUCCUCGGUGCAGAGGGAUACGCGGUUGAGAAGUAUCGCCAAACCGAGCGCGGCCAGGCGGAGGAGAAGAGGGUUCGUGAAGAGGGUGCGUCGAUUGUCAAGGACAUCUAUGGAACCAUCGCCCGCCCGGGCGUAAUGGGUGGCAUGCUUGGUCUUGUUAAUACGGCAAUCCUCGGCGCAGUCGGAUACUAUGGCUACACAAACUGGGACCGCCCUCGGUGGGACCGGAACGUCGUGUCUGCUAUCUCUGUGGGCUUAUUUUCCUUGACGGCUGUAGAAGGCUAUAUUGCAGACAGCUAUAGGAAGCACUGAAGGAUGGAAAUGAGGGGUCGUGGACUUUUUUGUUAGAAGUCAUAUAAAUCUGGGACUGUCGAUGUAUGAUACAGAAAUAAUAAUACUUCAAUGAUCCA